AUGAACAAUGGAAAUAAUUAUAAACAGGACUAAUUAAUGAAAUCAAACUGAUCAUGCGGGUGCGGGCACUGUGGUUAUGGCUCUCUCUUUUCUCGCAGACAAAUGCAAGUCAAUGCACCAACUGAUGCAAAUCCACGCUCAAAUGAUCAUUUCUUCUCGCAUUGACGACCACUUUGCCGCCAGUCGUUUACUUACCUUCUGUGCUCUAUCUUCUUCCGGCCAUCUUUCAUACGCUAUAAAGCUUUUCAACAAAAUUGAAAACCCAAAUAACUUCAUGUGGAACACUCUCAUUAGAGCUCAAGCUAUUAAUAAAAACCCAGAUGAAGCAAUUUCCCUUUAUAUAAAUAUGAGGAGAAAUGGUUUCGCACCAAAUGAGCACACUUUUCCUUUUGUUCUCAAGGCUUGUGCGAGCCUUCGUUCUUUAAAUUGUUGUUCACAGGUUCAUACCCAUGUUUUAAAAUCUGGGUUGGAUUUAGAUUUGCACAUUGUUAACGGUUUACUGAGAAGCUAUUCUGUUUCGAGUGAUAUACACACUGCCCGUCGACUGUUUGAUAGAUUUACUAACAAGAAUUUGACUAUAUGGACCACGAUGAUAUGUGGGUACACGCAAAAUUUUUUAGCUAAUGAAGCUUUGUUGCUGUUUGAUCAAAUGAUUUCAGAAGGAUUUGUACCCAAUAGCGUGACUUUGUCUUCUGUUUUAUCUGCGUGCGCACAGUCGGACUGUUUAGAACUAGGGGAGACAGUUCAUGUUUUUAUCAAAACUAGAGGGCUUGAAACAGGGGUCAUUCUUGGCACCGCGUUGGUGCAUAUGUAUGCGAAAAAUGGAGCAAUUUUAAGGGCUAGAGAGUUGUUUGAUUCCAUGCCUAAGAGAAAUAUUGCUACUUGGAAUGCUAUGAUCUGUGGGUUAGCUAGUUAUGGGCAUGCUGAGGAAGCUCUUAAUCUCUUUCGAAAGCUAAAGGAGGAGCAAAUUGUGCCAAACGAUGUAACAUUUGUAGGAGUUUUAUCUGCUUGUUGCCAUGGCGGGUUGACUGACGAUGGCCGUGAAAUUUUUGGUUCCAUGAAGAGAGUGUAUGGUGUUGAACCCAAGAUUGAGCAUUAUGGAUGUAUGGUUGAUCUUCUUGGUCGAAGUGGGGAGGUGAAAGAGGCUGAGGAAUUGAUGAAAGGAAUGGUGUGGAAGCCUGAUGUGGUGAUGCUGGGAGCUCUUUUGGCAGCCUGUAAAUAUCAUGGGAAUGUGGAGGUUGCUGAAAGAGUGGUGAAACAGAUGAUGGAUUUGGAACCUGACAAUCAUGUGGUUUAUGUUGUUUUGUCUAAUUUGUAUGCAGAGGCUGGGAGGUGGGAAGAUGUUAUGAGGCUGAGGAAGGUGAUGAAACAAGGGAAUUUUAAGAAAACACCUGGGUGGAGCCUUGUAGAUGAUGUUGUCUGACUCAUGGAAGACUCAAAAUUUUCUUGAUCUUUUUAUCAUAGGUAAUAAAGUCUGUCUUUCAAGAA